AAUAUAUUUCCCGCCAAAAAGACGCGCCAGAGUGGGAGUCCAUUUUAGUACACUCUCUUUCUUCUUCCAUAAACCCUAAUUUUCUCGAGAAAACAAAUCCGCCACGAAUCUGGGCAAUUGGGCAUUCUCCGUUACCAGCAAGAUGAAGGGAGGAACCAUACAGAUCAGCUGGCACGACGGGAAGCCUGUGCUCACCCUUGAUUUUCACCCGGUUUCCGGUUUACUCGCCACCGCCGGAGCCGAUUACGAUAUCAAGCUGUGGUUAAUAAACUCUGGUCAAGCGGAGAAGAAGCUUCCCAGUGUAUCUUACCAGAGCAGCCUUACUUACCAUGGAUGUGCUGUCAAUACCAUUCGUUUCUCUCCCUCUGGGGAACUGCUUGCCUCUGGAGCUGACGGAGGCGAGCUUAUCAUAUGGAAGUUGCAUCCUAGUGAAACCAAUCAGUCCUGGAAAGUUCACAAGUCUUUAUCAUUCCAUCGAAAGGAUGUCCUGGAUCUUCAGUGGUCUCCUGAUGAUGCUUUUCUGAUUUCUGGCUCAGUGGAUAACUCUUGCAUUAUAUGGGACGUUAACAAAGGUUCUGUCCAUCAGAUACUGGACGCCCAUUGUCAUUAUGUUCAAGGUGUUGCCUGGGACCCCUUGUCAAAGUACGUAGCCUCUCUUAGCUCGGACAGAACAUGCCGGAUAUAUGUCAAUAAGCCUCAAGCAAAGAGUAAAAGUGGUGAAAAAAUGAAUUAUGUUUGUCAGCAUGUUAUCACGAAAACAGAUCAGCAACGAGGAGAUGACACUAAGACGGUGAAAACCCAUCUCUUUCAUGACGAGACGUUGCCUUCUUUCUUCCGAAGAUUGUCAUGGUCACCUGAUGGCUCCUUUUUACUCAUUCCAUCAGGCUCUUUCAAGCUUUCACCUACAUCCGAAGCUGUAAAUGCUACUUAUGUCUUUUCUAGGAAGGACCUUUCAAGACCUGCACUGCAGCUUCCAGGUGCUAAUAAACCGGUUGUAGUGGUUCGGUUUUGCCCUGUUGUAUUCAAACUCCGGGGUUCAAGUUCUGAAGAAGGUGGUUUCUUCAAGCUUCCUUACCGUAUUGUAUUUGCCAUUGCAACAUUAAAUUCGGUGUACAUAUAUGACACGGAGUGUGUCGCUCCAGUUGCAGUCUUGGCAGGUCUCCACUACGCUGCUAUAACUGAUAUAACAUGGUCACCAACUGCUUCGUACUUAGCGCUGUCCUCACAAGACGGUUAUUGCACACUUGUUGAAUUUGAAGAUAACGAACUUGGAGAGCCUGUCUCCAUCUCAGUCGGGAAGAAACUGGUGGAUGGCGAAGAGAAAAAGCAUGUUCUAGAGAAAACCGAUGAGCUCAUGACCGAAACAGUACCAGACGAGAGAAGUAAACAGGCUGAACCAAAUCAAGACGAAGAGAAACAAAAGCCACUGCAAAGCAAAGCUACCGGUGAGGAGAAGAAACAGAUUAUGCAGACAUCCGAUGAAUUGAUGACGGAAACAAAACCAAAUGGAGAGAAACAGCCAUUGCAGAGCAAAGUUAACACACCCGUCUCAAGUAAACCGGCGAGGAGACGCAUCACACCGAUGGCUAUUGACCCCUAACUAUUGAUGCACUUACACUACUCUUUGUUUCCAUAUGUUUUUUACUGUUACUAUUAUAUCGCUCAGUUUCAUAAGUCCGUUGGCUCGCGUUUUCUUCUAAGCAUUCUAAGAGCUAAACAUGUGGUUUUGGUUUUUGAAAUCAAAAGAGAGGAAGAGCAUUGUUGAAACGUAA